GAAUUUAAAUCACGAUUUGCUAUCAAAGAUGCUGACGGCGAACACGAGUUUUGCUCUGGAAUAUUACCACCGGAGACAUACAAAUCAAAAGGUUCACGUAUCGACUUGUUUUAUCGACGUCUUGAUUUUUCGGGAUACCUGUAUUCGUAUGGCAAAAUAAGAGAGCGAAUUGAAGGAUUUCGGAUACAUUAUAAAAUAACAAAUCAUUCAUUUCAAAGGUAUACAACUGAGAUUACAGGAUCUGAAUCAGAAUCAUCAGCUUGCUCAGGGCUUUUCAGAAAAUGCUAUACAGUAUUCUCUGAAGAGGUCUCAUGGGAUAUUGCAAACAGCAAAUGCCGUAAGCGCAGUGAACAUCUUGUUACUAUUGCAUCAAGAAAGGAAAUGAAUUACCUACAAUACUUACUACGAAAUGCGUCAUAUUACAUGUAUCCGUGGC